AUGUCGAAGCUUUUCAUUGGCGGCCUUGCCUGGCACACUGACGACGUUGCUCUGCGCACAAAGUUCGAGGAGUUCGGCGUCGUUGAGGAAGCUGACCGUGACACCGGACGCAGCCGUGGCUUCGGCUUCGUGCGCUUCUCGAACGAGGAUGAGGCUGAUGCCGCUAUCAAGGCCAUGAACGAGAUCGACGGCGGCGGUGGCUUCCAGAGCCGUGGUGGCUACGGCGGUGGUCGCGGUGGCGGCUACGGUGGUGGUGAUCGUUACGGUGGCGGCGACCGUGGUUACGGCGGUGGCUACGGCGGCGGUCGUGGUGGUUACGACAACCAGCAGGGCGGCGGCUACGGUGGCGGCGGCUCCAACUGGCGCGGCGGAAACCAGGGCGGCUACGGCGGCCAGCAGGGCGGCUACCAGAACAACGACGGUUACGGCCAGUAA